AUGGAAGAUUGCAAUCUAUCAUUACUGAAUGAACCCUCAUCUUUCUUUCUCUUACUAUCCACAUCUCUUGCUUUUAUGGUCUACCUCAAUUGGAAAGAGAGUUUGUUUGUUGUUCAAGUGCUUACGUUCAAAUGGUAUUCAGUUCAAUACCUGCUUGAAUAUCUCGAUGAUUUACGCUUGCACAUCCUGCAGCAAGGCAGAGCACGCAAAGAUCUCAAGACACCUAUAUUAACAAGCAUGCCUCUUCCAGCAACCGAGAAACGACGCUUUCAAGGCUACUAUGUGAAUGAAGCUGUUGGCGAUUAUGGAUACAAAUUGGAUGAAAUAAGAUUGAAAUUUACCAAGCUGAGCAACAACGGAUGUCAUCGAAUGCCAUCAACAUCAUCCGCCGAGUUGGACGUCUUGAAUAUGAUUCAUGAUAUGUUCAAGGCCAUUGAGAGCAAAAAAGACAUUAUGGAUCAAUGUACAUUUGAAGCUCGAUAUGGAUUGAUGUGGAAGACCACCUGGCAAGAUACGCAAGAGCAUGACGUGAUGGCAUGUCCCAAUAUCUUUUGCCACUAUUACAAGAACACUGUAGUUUAUGUAUCCCUCCUGCUUGGAAAGACUGUCUGUAAUAAAAAACUGAUAUAG